AUGGGCGUGGAUGGCUAUCAACAUUCUUCUCCCCCCGCCAUAGAUAUGUCUACAUCCAUGGUUCUCGAGCGCACCGCGGCAAUCAGAACAUCUCCUUCUGAAGCCGACGACUUCUCGAUGAGCGGCUGGACCACUGUUGGCACAUCCUCCGCCGCCUCCGAAACCACAUGCCCCGCUCCGGCGUUCGUGUCCGUGUCCGCCUCCGUGGCCGAUCUUACGGCAUCCGAGCUGCUCCGCCUGGAAGUCCAGGAUGCCCGGCCUUCAGGCUCGCUUGCCAGUCCCGGCUCGCACGUGGUGCGCGACCGUGCCUGUGAAAUGUCCGUCGGUAGCGAUAGCUUAUUCAGCUACAGCUACACCUUUGUCCAAGAUGAUCAAGGACUCUGCGGAAUCGGAGCGUGGGCUGAUAUUACGACAAGUUCUUUCGUCGCCAAGAAGAGGCGAAUUACUCCACGACCAUGA